CAGGGCAGACUUUGUCACGGCCACCCGAUCAACGCUGCCUAACCAAAAAUCAAAUUGCUGCGCGCAAUGGUGUUUGUAAAGAGCUGCCUAAGUUCAACGGGAAACCUGAAGAAUGGCCCCUGUUUCUGGCCACAUAUCAACAGACCACCGAACUAUGUGGAUUUUCGGAGGGUGAAAACUUAUUGCGCUUACGUCAGGCGUUAGAAGGAGCGGCACGGAACGCAGUAAGAAACUUACACGCGUCCUGCGUCCCACAAAUACUCGACACACUACGAAUGAAAUUCGGACGUCCCGAACUUAUUAUUGCCGUGCUCCUGGCACGAAUUCGAGAAAUACCAGCAGUAAAAGAAAACCGCCUUGAGGCUCUCGUAGAUUUGGCCUUGGAGGUGCAAAACAUCUGUGCAACAAUGAAAGCUUCAAACAUGGUCUGCCACCUUAACAAUCCCGAGUUGGAACAAGAGUUGGUUGGCAAGCUGCCAGGAUUGCUCGCCGCCUUUUGGGGCAUGCACAAAUUGCAGUUGACUUCCUCAAAUUUCGAAAGUUUCGGUGAAUGGCUAUUUCAGUUUGCUCAAGGGGCGAAUAGCAUUCUCGUGUCAAGCGUCGCCCCAGAACUUCUACCAAACGAGGAUAUUUAAAUGCACACGCAAAUAAUGUCGGAACUGGGAAAAGGGUCGCAUGUAUUGUUUGUCACGGCGAGUGUAGUUCGGUUGGAAGCUGUCAUCAGUUUAGAAGCGCGGACAGGGCUGCGCGGUGGCAAUUGGUGCGCGCGCAUAGGUUAUGUCGUCGCUGUUUAAAGGCGCAUAAUAAGUUCAACUGCCAGUCUACUGCCACCUGCGGUAUAGAGGGUUGCUCUUCCAUCCACCAUCAAUUACUGCACAAACAUCCUCAUGAUGUGGUUAGCCCACCACUUGCUAACCUAAUGUUAAACGCGCAUAGCAGUGACGCCGAUUCGAUCCUAUUUCGGGUGUUGCCAGUAACACUCCAUGGGAAUAAUAUCAAACUUCAAACUUACGCUUUCUUCGAUGAUGGAUCUUCACUUACGCUAAUGGAUGCCGAGCUACAAGAGAGGCUGAAUCUGAAGGGCACUUCGCAACCUUUAUGCCUGAAAUGGACUGCAAACACCCAUCGCUAUGAAGAGGACUCCCAAGUGCUCGAGUUGGGAAUUUCCGGUGCCAAUGCAAAAAGGCGCUUCGUUUUGAAGGAUGUGCGCACUGUGAAAGGGCUCGAACUGCCGUUGCAGACGCUCGAUGUUAAAGGGCUUCAAGCUAGAUUUUCGCAUCUUAGAGGCCUACCGUUGUCCUCCUAUGAAGAUGCCAUACCCAAGCUACUAAUAGGCCUGAACAACAGCCGACUAGGCCUAAGUCUACGUUCCCGCGAGGGCUCAGACAACGAGCCGGUAGCGGAAAAGACACGCCUAGGAUGGACACUGAAAGGAGUUCUUGUUAAGCAGCCUCAACCCGCUGCCUAUCAUGCGUUCCACAGCUGCGACUGCGACGCCGCUGCCAACGCUGAGUUGCUAAAGGCUGUCGAAGAGUACGUCUGCCUUGAUAAUGUCGACAUUAAAUGCAAAUCGGCCAGUCUGAUGUCGAAAGAUGACCAACAAGCUGUCGAACAACUUAAAUCGACGACAAAGCGCAUCCAAGGCCGUUUCGAGACCGGCCUGCUCUGGAGACACUCUGACAUCACACUUCCUGAUAGCCUCCCGACUGCCUUGCGGAGAGCUCAAUGCUUACAAGCGAAGCUAAAGCGAUAUCCGGAGCUCGCCGAGAUCUUGUCGUCUAAGAUCGCAGCUUAUGUAACCAAAGGAUACGCCAAACCUUUGCCAGUUGAGUCGCUACUGGAAAAAGGGUGCUGGUAUCUGCCGAUUUUUCCCGUGUAUAACCCACACAAACCAGGAAAGGUCCGCCUCGUGUGGGAUGCGGCCGCAAAAACCAAGGGCAUAUCUCUCAAUUCUAUGCUUUUAAAAGGACCCGAUCAGUUAACGUGCCUGGUGUCCGUCUUGAGGAGAUUCCGUCAGCGAGCGAUAGCGGUGAGUGGCGACAUAGAGGAGAUGUAUCAUCAGGUCCGAAUCCGAUCCGAGGACCAAAACUAUCAGCGCUUUGUUUGGCUCGAGCCAGGAGAUAGCAAACCUUCAGUAUUCGUAAUGUCCGUCAUGACUUUCGGGGCCACCUGUUCACCCAGUAGUGCGCAAUACGUAAAGAACCUAAAUGCGAACGAAUUCCACAGUCGUUAUCCGAGAGCCGUCGAAAGCAUCGUUAAAAACCACUACGUUGACGAUAUGCUCGACAGUGUAGAUACGGUAGAGGAGGCUAUUCAGCUUGUUAGCAACGUCAGUUUCAUUCAUAGCAAAGGUGGAUUUCACAUCAGAAACUGGCGAUCAAACUCCGAGGAAGUACUUAACGCACUGCAAGUUAACGCUAUUGACUCCGAAAGAAGCCUCGACACCCCUCAAGAAGUACCAGUUGAAAAGGUUUUGGGCCUGUGGUGGCUCACCAAGGAGGACUGUUUCACGUUCCGACUCGCCCAGCAUCACAAAAUUGGGGAACUGCUGCGCGGCGACCACCGUCCAACCAAGAGGGAAGUAUUAAGCGUUGUCAUGAGCAUUUUUGAUCCCUUGGGACUUCUCAAUUUCUACGUUAUAUACGCCAAAGUAAUUUUUCAGGACGUUUGGCGCUCCGGCUGCGGCUGGGACGACAGCGUUCCCGACGAACACUACUCCAGCUGGCAGAAAUGGGUUCACCUACUCCCCAGGGUAGAGGGUUUGCGGAUACCGCGAUGCUACUUCCAAAACUUGGGUCACGAGUCCGAGCUAGAGAUGCACGUGUUCGUGGACGCCAGCGAAAACGCCUACGCUGCCACAUGUUAUCUUCGCCAUACUCGGGGUGAUGUCGUAAACUGUACUCUAAUAGGCAGCAAGGUGAAGGUGGCACCUGUAAAGAUGCUUUCCAUUCCCCGACUGGAGCUUCAGGCUGCCGUCAUAGGCGCCCGAUUGGCGGCAGGCGUUCUCACUUCACAUACGCUCCCCAUCAGACGGCAAACAUUCUGGACCGACUCUCGCACUGUGCUGGCAUGGAUUCGCUCUGACCACCGGCGUUACUCCCAAUUUGUGGCCUUUAGAGUCAGCGAAAUUUUAGAGCUAACUGACGUGAGUGAUUGGCGAUGGAUUCCUUCAGCGGAGAAUGUGGCAGACGACGCUACAAAGUGGCAAACAGUACCUGACUUUUCAAAUCAAAGCCGUUGGUUCAAAGGACCACAGUUCUUAAAACUCGCACGCAGCCACUGGCCGAACGAUACAGAAGGCACCCAGACAACCGUCGAAGAACUUAGAGCGAAGUACGUAGGUCACCACGAUGCGGCGCACCAGCCUCAAAGGUUCUUGUCAAUUCAUGAACGCUUCUCCCGCUGGUGUCGUCUCCUGCGAGCAACGGCAACUGUUUUACUAAGCGUCCGCAUCUGGAAGCUCUAUCGCAAAGGAAGCCGAAUGUGUCCGCAACUAGUAGAACAAGAAGAUCUUAAGCACGCCGAAAUACUUCUUUGGAGGGAAGCCCAAUUUGACGCGGUUGCCGACGAGAUCGCCUUGCUCCGCAAAGGAAAACCGGUCGCUCGUACGAGCUCUAUAUUCAGGCUCUCACCGUAUCUCGAUGAUGCGUCAUUGCUUCGGCUUUGUGGUAGAGUCAAUCUGCCAGGACAGGAAGAUCCAGUCAUAUUGCCGAAAAGCCACAACAUAACUCGACUUAUUGUUUCAGACUAUCAUAUCAAGUAUUUUCACGGAAGCUCUGAGACAGUUGUGAAUGAAAUACGCCAGACCUUUUGGAUUCCCCGACUACGCACAGUCGUAAGCACGAAAAGGUAUGGCGUUCUCUUAACAUGCCUCACAACGAGAGCGGUACACUUAGAGAUAGCAUACUCGUUGUCCGCCGACUCAUGUAUUCUCGCCAUUCGGAGUUUCAUGGCCCGGCGUGGAGUACCACACGAAUUUUGGAGUGACAACGCUACCAACUUCAAGGCUACACAUCGGGAACUAAUUAACGCUUUCAAUACGAUGGAUAAGGAAAAACUCGUGAGGACAUUUACGAACUCCACCAUGAAGUGGAAGUUUAUACCGCCAGCGUCGCCCCACAUGGGCGGAGCCGGGGAACGGCUCGUCCGCUCGGUAAAGGACAUCCUCCCAAGGAUAUUACAGUCACAACGUCCUUCCGAAGAGCUACUGCGCGGUGCCCUAAUGGAGAUUGAGGCGGUCAUAAACUCUCGACCGCUCACCUACAUACCACUCGAUCACUGCGACGCCGAGGCUCUCACACCGAACCACUUCCUGUUAGGGAGCUCGAGCGGCAUGAAACCCUUAGUAGAGUUUGUCGACGGUGCAGCUGAAUUGCGCGAAGGUUGGCGAUGCGCGCAACAACUGGCGCGAUAACGCGACGAACCAAAUGGUUCGAAAACGUGAAGCCUAUUGAGGAAGGGGACGUCGUCUACAUAAUCGAUCCCAACGGGCCCAGAAACUGCUGGCCUAGGGGUCGGGUAAUCUCCGUAAGGAAGGGAUCCGACGGGCAGGUAAGAAGCGCCUUUGUUAAGACUAGCGCUGGUAUCUACGAAAGGCCUGCCACGAGACUUGCCGUACUUUCCAUUAGUGCUUCGCAAGAUGAGGUAGAUCCGAAGGAUAUACCUGGGGGGAGUGUUAAGAAAGAUACGGCAGCACCCUAACUGCGAUGUGCCACCCUGUGACAGCAAAUGAUAGGUUUUCUUGAGUAUGUUUUUGACAAUACGUUUUCUUUCCUUUCU